AGAGACUUCUCCGCGCAACGAGCAGUUUUUUUCCUCCUCCGAGCUCCGCCGUUAAAUCUAAAUUAGGUGUGACUGCAAGCGCUCAAAAGGCCAAUUCGGCAUCAAUUAGGGGAAAAAAAAGACUCUGCCCUCUUCGCUAUUGCAAUUUCUCUGGAUUAUGGGGACGUCGGUGAGUGCCAACUACGGACGCUUGCCAAGAUUAAACCAUCAUCCGAGGUAGAAGAAAGGAUCACGAUUUAAAAAAAUAAUAAUAAAAAAAAACAAAAUACCUGCAUGAAUGCGAUUUUCUUUUAAUUUGCUGCUGCGCGUUUUUCUGUGAAUAUUCUUUGUAUUCGGACGCUUUUUUUGGGGGGGCUUGGAGCGCGCAGUGAGCAGCAGCAGGGCUGUUUCCAGCCCAGAGUUAUUGGCAUACCCUGCAAUCAUCCUCAUCAUCAUCAUCAUCAUCACCACCAUCAUCAUCAUCACCAUCAUCACCAUCUGAUUGGUAACGUUCAUUGUAAUAUAACUGGCAUGAGCAGCUGUCACAGUUUCAUGCCGUUUUAAAAAAAAAAAAAAAAAAAAACAAAAAAAAAAAACGCUAAGGUUUGUGAGAAACGAUGAACCAGUCUGCUGCUGUGUGACGAGAUCGUUCCCAGAUAUAGGGGGGGUUGGCAGUUCGGAGUCUCAUGCGCCCAGAUCAAACAAUUAAGAUGACAAAAAAGGGCGAUUGUCUCCAUUACAGAGCGAUCUGCGUUGGGAUUGCGUUGCAUUUCGUUGGGGAACAGAGAGUAGAGGAGGAAAAGAGGAAAGAGAAGCAGAGGAGAGCAGCUGAGCCUCCGCUGACGGGCAAGCUGUGGCUUCAGUGAUGGACUGAGCUGGAGGUGAAGGGAUCCCUGUCACAGCAUCAGCAUCAUUUCCCCCCCCCGCCAGAAGCCUUCACUCUUAAUAAUAACAAAAAAAAGCAACACCCAUGGACACUCUGCAGCACAGCUGAGGAUGAAGAGUUGUCGCCAGCAGUGAGACCCAACAAAUUGGCCUAAUGAAUGAAAUACUUCAAGCUUUAAAGAGAAUAUACCUGGAUGACCGUCUCUGUAAUGCCUUUACAAACUGAUUCCUUCUGCGCGCCGAGAAGGAAUUAAGCCUCACAACCCUCCUCUUGCCCUAAGUGCCCUGGAGACCCACCUGGAUCCAGUCUGCACCCACGGAUGUUCUGAUUUCUUCUCCAGAAAGUCCUGUAUUUUUGGCUGCAUGGACACUUCUUCAAAGACGUGGCUGCCGCAUCAGGGUCAGUUUGGCUUGGUUGGUCAAGCGGAGGUUUGCUGUGGUGGACCUGGAGUUUUAACGCCAAACCAAUCCCGCAGGGCAAGUUUUGCCUCUGUAAGACAGUCGAGUAUGGAGACCCCUCCUAACACGACCCCUCAGCCCUUCAGGCAGCCGAGUUUUCUCAACCGAAGACUGAAGGGUUCCAUCAAGAGGGCAAAAAGUCAGCCCAAACUGGACCGUACCAGCAGCUUCAAACAGAUGAUUCUGCCCCGGUUUCGUAGUGCUGACCAAGAGAGGACCCGCUUGAUGCAAAGCUUCAAAGAAUCCCACUCCCACGAGUCCCUCCUUUCCCCCAGCAGUGCUGCAGAGGCUCUAGACCUAGUUCUGGAUGAAGACGCCAUUAUCAAGCCUGUCCACUCUAGCAUUUUAGGACAAGAGUACUGCUUUGAGGUAACCACCAAUUCAGGGACAAAGUGUUUUGCAUGCCGAUCAGCUUCAGAGAGAGACAAAUGGAUAGAAAAUCUGCAACGAGCUGUCAAACCUAACAAGCAAUCUUUUCAGGACAACAGCAGGCGGGUGGAGAAUGUGCUCAAGUUGUGGAUAAUCGAGGCCCGAGAUCUUCCAGCUAAGAAACGCUACUACUGCGAGCUGUGUCUGGAUGACAUGCUGUAUGCACGCACCACCAGCAAACCCCGCACCGAUACAGUCUUCUGGGGAGAACAUUUUGAGUUUAACAAUUUGCCAACCAUUCGUAGCCUUCGUUUGCACCUCUACAAAGAGACCGACAAAAAGAGACGCAAGGAGAAAAGCACAUACAUUGGCCUUGUCAGCAUCCCAAUAUCCAGCAUCACAGGCCGGCAGUUCGUCGAGCAGUGGUACCCGGUGAUACAGUCCAGUGUUUUAGCCAAAAGUGGUGGCGUUGGAAGUACCAAAGUGAUCAACGCUUCGCUGCGCAUCAAGUCUCGCUACCAGACGAUGAAUAUUCUCCCAAUGGAGCUGUACAAGGAGUUUGCUGAGUACAUCACCAACAACUACCGAACACUGUGCGCAGUACUGGAGCCGCUGCUGAGCGUGAAGAGUAAAGAGGAGGUCGCAUUUGCUCUGGUGCACAUUCUUCAGAGCACAGGGAAAACAAAGGAGUUUCUUUCAGACAUGGCGAUGUGUGAGGUGGAUCGAUUCAUGGACCGUGAACACUUGAUCUUCCGUGAGAACACACUUGCUACAAAGGCUGUGGAGGAGUACCUCAAACUAAUAGGUCACAGAUACCUCAAGGAAGCUAUAGGUGAUUUCAUUCGAGCCUUAUAUGAGUCUGAGGAGAACUGUGAGGUGGACCCGAUGCGUGUCCCGCCAUCAGUCCUCGCUGACCACCAAGCCAACCUACGUAUGUGCUGCGAGCUUUUACUCUGCAAGAUCAUCAACUCCCUCUGCAUUUUCCCCCGGGAGCUGAAGGAGGUUUUCGCCUCAUGGAGAGCCAGAUGCGCCGAGCGAGGAAGAGAGGAUCUCGCCGACAGCCUCAUCAGCUCCUCCCUGUUCCUCCGCUUCAUGUGCCCUGCCAUCAUGUCGCCGUCGCUGUUCAACCUGAUGCAGGAGUACCCGGCCGAGCGCACGUCCCGCACGCUCACGCUCAUCGCCAAGGUGAUGCAGAACCUGGCCUGCUUCAACAAAUUUGGACCCAAGGAGGAAUACAUGUAUUUCAUGAACGAGUUUCUGGAGAUGGAGUGGGGCUCCAUGCAGCAGUUCCUCUAUGAGAUUUCCAACAUGGACACCGGAGGAAACGCCGGAGGCUUUGAGGGCUACAUCGACCUCGGCAGGGAGCUGUCCAUGCUGCACAGCUUGUUGUGGGAAGUCAUGGGACAGCUGAGUAAGGAUGCCAUCCUCAAACUCGGACCCCUGCCACGGCUGCUGAACGACAUCAGCGUUGCCCUGAGGAAUCCGCAGCUCCACAUGCCCACAAACCACCAGCCGGAGAGACCGAAGGACAGACUCUUCUCCCGCCCAUCCUUCAAUCGCCUUAUGUCCUCCGAUUUCCAAAGCCUUAUGAUGCGUGAUUUAAACAGCUCAAUAGACAUCUCUCGCCUCCCCUCGCCCACGACUGGAGUCUCGGCUGUAGAAUCCCUCUCCUCCAAUCUGAAUAUGAGGCGACAGGCCGAGCGAGACCUCCGCUCUUCAUCUAGGGAAGUAUUCUACGUCACUCGCCCACCUCUGGCACGAUCCAGCCCUGCCUACUGCACCAGCAGCUCGGACAUCACAGAACCUGAUCCCAAGGUCCACAGUGUAAACAAAAGUGUCUCCAUGAUGGACCUUCAGGACUCUCGAAUGAACAGCAUCUCCAACCUAAACUCUGUCGGGGACAUGCUGGCCUCCUCUCAGGCCUCCAUUGCUGGCCUCGGCCACAGCUUCGGAAACCUGGGAGCUCCUCUGCGCAUGGGGGGCCACUUGCCCCCAGGUUCAUCCGGUUCUGGCCUCAGACUGAGCCAGAUGGGCCACAUAGGGGCACCCACAGAAUCCAUCUCCCAGCAGCAACAGCAGGCAGCUGCAGCCAUGCAUUAUCCCCUGUCUUUCCAGAAUCCGCUAUUCCAUUUGGCUGCCCAGAACUCCCCGGCACAGUCCCAGGCUCCUCCGGGUGCCGUCCCCCCUCCCCUGCUCCUCACCCCCGAGGCUGAGAACGGCCACCCGGACUACCCGCCCGCCUUUGGCAACAGUGUUUUCUCCCGCAGUGAGGACCUUUCUGCCCUGCAGUCACAGAGCAGCCUGGUGCAGCCCAGCAUUGUACACUCCCACAGCUACAGCGACGACUUCACCCGGCAGAAUCAGAACAGCGACUAUGCCUGGCACCAGCUGUCUCUGCAGGUGCAGGAGUCUCUCCAGCAGCAUCACCUGAUGGGAAUCAUAUCUCAGUCCGGCACCGGCACUGGCACCGGCACUGGCACCGGCACCGGGACGCCUGCUUCCCUGGCUACACCUCCAACGACAGUCCAUCCGUCCCGCCAGUCGUCCAUCGCAGCUCAGCACCUCAAGUCCCAGCGCUCCAUCAACACUCCAGCCACCGGCACGCCUCCGAAGGUUCGUCCGCAGAGCAGGAACCUCCUGCUCAACUCCUCGGAAGCGAGCUUCAGCGGCAGUCACCCAAAGUCCCGCCCCACGAAGCAAGCGACGCAGCAGCAACAACAGCCGCAGCAGCCGCCGGUGCAGCAGGACGGGCAGCUGUCCGUCACAGACAGCCCGGCUCCGGGGCUUCCCUACCAGACGAGCUCCGCCAAAGAAAACCAGGCUCCCGCAGCAGCUGCAGAGGAGUCCACAGACACGCCCACAAAAAGCACCAAGAAGCCUCAGCCGUCACAGCUGCAGCCGCCGCAGCAGCAUCUGCUGAAACCUGUCCCGAACAAACAGGGUAACAGCCCGGGAAUGAACGAGCGGACAGUCGCCUGGGUGUCCAACAUGCCACACCUCUCUGCCGACAUCGAGAGCCUGCGGCCGGACCGCGAGGGCCAGCUGAAAGAGUACUCCAAGAGUAUGGAUGAGUCACGACUAGAGAGGGUGAGGGAAUACGAGGAGGAAAUUCACUCCCUGAAGGAGCGGCUGAAGAUGUCGCAUCGCAAACUGGAAGAGUACGAGCAGAGGCUCAUGAGCCAGGAGCAGCAGACAAGCAAGAUCCUGCAGCAGUACCAGAACCGCCUGGAGGACAGCGAGCGGCGCCUGAAGCAGCAGCAGCUAGAGAAGGACUCUCAGAUCACAGGCAUCAUCAGCAGACUCAUGGCUGUGGAAGAUGAGCUGAGGGGGGGUGCCAUUCCUGAUAUUAAGCCUCGAAUCCUCACAGACCAGUCUCUCAGCCAGGUCUAUGGGGGCCUCCCUGGAUCCUGACUGCCACUUUCAAGGUGACCAGAAUUCAUGAUGGUCACCCGAGUGUAAGAAGGUGGAUCAAACCGGCUCAUUCUGAAGGACUGUCAAAUCAAAGCUCUGCAAAGGACUACUGAUGGUGUCAUCUCACAACAUUAUCCAUUAACAGUAUUUUAAAAACUGUUGCACAUAUUAAAACUUAGCCUGUAACAGAACUUGACAAUCAACUCAGCAAGAGGACCAAUGGGUGCAGCAAAUCCUUUGCACUGUUUGGUUGAAAUAUAAGCCAGUGCCACAUUAAUGGCAAUACUGUUCCUAAUGAGUUUCUGUUGGAGACAGUGGAAGGACGAAAACAGUGGGAUCAAGAUGGAUUCAAGAUUAUUUUCCCCCCAUUUCUACAAGACAUUUCCCACUCCAGUGGCUGAGGAUACAAUCUAUAAAAGAGGCUUUUACAAGCACAAUAUUCCUACAUAGUGACGCCUUCGACAAGAGACAAGCAUGUUGUUGAAUCACUAAAUAUUUUCUACUUUAGGUUUGGUAGAAUUUUUCUUUUCUUUUCGUUUCUUUUUUUUUUUUUUUUUGCUUCUUUAUAUUAGAGCCAUCUCAUCUGAAAAAAAGCAGGCAAGUUCUACAAUCAGCUGAUUAUAGUACAAUCUGAAUUCUCUGAUUUUAUUUUUUAACAGUGGAAAAAUAUUGCAAAUGCUUGACCUUCAUUGUGUAUAGAAAUGUAUAUUUAAAUCUCCUAAAUAUAUUUAAAAAUGGAGCACUUAAAUCAAUCUCAUUUUAUAACAGUUAUAAUGUUAAUUUUAAUAAUGAUGGAUAUUAUGAUGAGAAAUUGUGUUUUUCUAACCCUAACCCAGGGAAAAUGCUGGGUACAAACAGAUGAACUAAAAGUCUACUGUGACAACAGUACAUGGACACUGCACACUUUGGUAUUAUGUCUGAGAAUAGAUUCCUACAAUGCAUUGGAGAACUAGAAUACUAUAAAUCAAACUUCAUUGGGUAGUGAAAUUCAUAAACGCUCACGUUUGUUACGUUAUUGUAAUGUGUUAACUGGCAAUUUAUUUGAUGGCUCCAAGAUUUUACAGAACUUUCCUGAACACAAUCUCAAUUCAGUUUUUUUGGCACCUAAGGAAAACACUGAAGCUCCUAUGAAUUCUAACCAUAAUAAAAUACAAAAUAUGUAUACCCUUGGGUAAAUUAAAGUAUGGUUUGGGUAUUAGCAGUCAGUAUCUACAGUGUGUACAACAUGUGUGUGUACAUGUUGUACAUACCACUCAGACCAAACUGACUUUGGAGGACAAGAGAGAGUUUUGAGUAUAGCUAACAGCUGCGCAGAAUAGGGCCAAAUUAAUGCAACUCAUAUUAAAAACUAUUAACAAGUUUAACAAAGACAGCAUCAGAUAUUAGUGUUCUUUGUCCCUUUUUGACAUAUUAGAUGGAUGUAAAUGUCAUUUUCCUAACCAAACAACAUCCCCUCUACAACUGUUUGAAGGAAUCCUGCUUCCUUGACAAACUAGCCACCACCCACCCCUGGCUUGAUCCAAAGUCAUCUGUAGAGUCAGAUUUUAAUGGUGACAAAAGCAAAAAGAACACACAGUUGAUGUAUGUAAGUUAAGCAGAUGACAUACAUUUCUCACAAACUUAGAUGAAAAGUGUUCCGAUGUUUUAUUUACCAUAGCAGGUCUGAUUAAUAUUGCAAUUGGGCAGUGCAAAAUUGUGAGCAUCACAAAUUUGUAUUAAAUGUGUAAAGCAAAAGUUGUUUCACUGGUCAUAAUCUAUUCUUGAAGGAGCAAUAAGCAAAAUUUCAUUAUUUUACAUAGAGAGAACUAAAAAAUUGUGAUGUGAAGAACUAUAGGUGUCUUUUUAGAUGGACUAUGGUAUAAUUCCACACACCAUUUCUCUCUGUUGUUCUUCAGUCUGUUGUUUACAAAGCAGGGCCGGCCAUGUACGUUCAUGUGAAUGGCUGCUACUCAGGGCUUAGCCCUUUCCUGCCCAUAAAAUGCCACUGUCAGAGCAGCGUAGCGUAGGAGCAAAAUGGCGAAGAGCAUGCGCCGUGGAUCAAAGUGUUCGCUUGCUAACAGCAUUAUAAAGUUAUAAGUUCCUUACUUCUUCUCCAGACAUGUUCCCCGAAAUGUCAUGAUGUUUUUCUGUGUAUUUAUCCUUUUCAAAUAUGUGCAUAUGAGGUGACGCGGGUGAGAAGGGGAGGGGUAAGGGGGGCUGGGUUGCAGCUUGAGUCGGGGUAGAUAGAGUCAUGGCAUGUCACACAUCAUGUUUUGGUCUACAGACGGUGCUCAACAGCCCACCUAGUGGUGAACUUUCGCUUAUUGCUCCUUUAAAUCAACCUUGUUCUGAGUAGCUGUUAGCUUGAUUCUGAUGGUGGCUUCUAAGUGCAUGAGACUUGACAGCUCUGCCUACUUCAGAAUGCAAAGAGCGUGGCACACACACAAACACACAUGCACGCGU